AGCAAUGUGCUUGCUCUUUCUCUUCCAUCCUUCAUCGAAGACGACGUGCUCGCCUUGACCGGCUUCCCCUGCGUCAAUUUGUCAAAUCAAUUUCUACUUACACUCUAAAUUUCCUAUGAAAUUCAAGAUAAUAUUGUUCACAUAUUUAUAUUUCCGAAAUAUGAUACAUAUACUAUUCUGCAAGUAUAUUCAUACUGAAGAUUAUAUAAAAUAUACUAUCACAUGUUCAGUAUCUCUGAUUGUAUGGUGCCGUCCUUCAGACCACCAGGUAUACCAAAGUCUCUGAACUUUCAGGGCAUCCUUUACCGACGGCUUCCUCGUCUUCCGGUGUAAUCGGGGCAGGGGCGCUACAGGGGAGCCUAGGGAGCCGCCAGCUACGCGUGCCGCUUCACCGAGAUGGAGCGCCUCUGGCAGGAGCACGCCCUUGGGCGGCCCAUCUUCCCUAAGGCCAUCGGCGAGCUCCACGCCCUCACCGGCCUCGUCGACCCCUCCAAAAGCACCGGCGUCGCCAACGCCGGGCUCAUCUACUUCCACGACCGCCCCCUCGCCAUGUCGGAGGACGACUUCCCCUACCACGUCCGCGUCACCCCCUCUAGCGACCUCGAGACCGUCGGACGCUACGACUUCGACGGCAAGCUCCACUCCGCCAUGAUCGCCCACCCAAAGCUCGACCCCGUGUCCUGUGAGCUCUUCGCUCUCAGCUACGUCGUCAUCCAGAAGCCAUAUCUCAAGUACUUCCGUUUCUCCCCUGCCGGCGAGAAGUCACCCGACGUCGAGAUCCCCCUCGACCAGCCGACCAUGAUGCAUGACUUCGCCAUCACUGAGAAUUUCGUCGUGAUCCCCGACCAGCAGGUGGGGUUCAAGAUCCAGGAGAUGAUCCGCGGUGGCUUGCUGGUCGUCUACGACCGGAGCAAGACCUCCUGUUUGGGACUUCCAAGCACGCCGCAGACGCGUUGGAAGUGGGUCGACGUCGCGGACUGCUUCUGCUUCCACCUCUGGAACGCAUGGGAGGAUCCCGGCACCGGUGAGGUCGUCGUCGUCGGCUCUUGGAUGACGCCGGCCGUCGAUGGUGCGAUUGUCCUGGAGGACGCUAUCGAGGAUGGAAGGAUUGGCAAAGACGACGUUAUCCCCCCGUACUUGGAGCGUACUCCUUCAUUUUCUCCUCCAUCGCCUCCAACAAUAUCCCCCGAUGGGCAGCUUCCCCCGAUCCGGAUCCAUCGCUCCCUCUCUCUUACUCCUGAUCGAGAAGAACAACUCUCACUCUCUUCUUCUCUCUCUUUUCUCGUGCGAAGAGACCAAAAGUCCUUCUUAAUAGAGCAUCAAAGGGUGGGAUGUUUGAUUCCUACUCAAAUUCAACGUCCACUGAAAGAUAAGACUUGA